CACCACCACCACCACCGGAAAGACGGUUUACGGUGAUAAAAAAAAAAAAACGGGGAUUUACACCAUUAUAUUGGCUGCUUGAACACAGAGGGAGAUACUUAACCUGGCAUUUGACUAUGGGAUGCGAACUAUGAGGUGUUGUGUAGCUACAGAAGACUGAGUGAACCAUGGCACAGUUCCCCACCACAUUCACAGGUCCAGAUGUGUUUCUGAUCUCGGUGGAUGAGAGAGCCAAACAUGAUCAGCAGUUUCACAGCCUCUCUCCAACGGCCCGGGGUUACAUCACAGGCGACCAGGCCAGAAACUUCUUCCUUCAGUCAGGACUGCCGCCGCCCAUCCUGGCCCAAAUCUGGGCUCUGGCUGACAUGAACAGCGAUGGCCGUAUGGACAUCCACGAGUUCUCCAUCGCCAUGAAACUCAUCAAGCUAAAACUGCAGGGUCACCCUCUGCCCUCCACGCUACCCCCAAGUAUGAAACAACCCCCGCUGCCUUUACCCCCAGCGUCAGGCUUUGGCAUGCCUCCCAUGCCCCCCAUGGGUCCCAUCGCUGCUCCUCUUCCAGGCGUGCCCCCUCUCCCCCUGCCUCCUCUCCCCGUCGGAGUUUCUCCCCCGCUCGUCUCGUCCGCCCCACCGCCCCUCCCCCAGCCCAUUGCCAACGGAGCUCCUCCUACAGGCAUGAUGCAGCCCAUCUCAGGCUUCUCCCACCCAGCUUCCUCUGUCAACAAGGCUGCAUCAUUUAAUCGCUCCAGUAUCAAGCUGCAGAAAGGGCCGUCCUUUGAUGCCACUAGUAGUCAGCCUCCCGCGGUUCCGGUUGACUGGGCUGUUCCUCAGUCCUCCAGGCUGAAGUACCGGCAGCUUUUUAACUCCCACGACAAGAUGAUGAGUGGACACCUCACUGGUCCCCAAGCUCGCACUAUCCUGAUGCAGUCUAGUCUUCCUCAGGGCCAGCUGGCCACGAUAUGGAGUUUAUCAGAUAUCGACCAGGAUGGAAAGCUAACAGCUGAGGAGUUUAUCUUGGCCAUGCACCUCAUAGAUAUGGCUAUGUCCGGUCUACCGCUGCCCCCUGUAUUACCCCCAGAUUACCUCCCACCUACAUUCAGGCGUGUGCGUAGUGACAGUGUUCAAUCGGACCAAAAGAGCGUCCAGGAGGAGGUUGAGGAAGAGCUGGAAAGCCAGGACAAGAAACUAGCAGUGACGUUUGAGGACAAGAAGAGGGAGAACUUCGAGCGAGGAAACCUGGAGUUGGAGAAGAGACGUCAGGCUCUGCAGGAGCAGCAGAGGAAAGAACAGGAGAGGCUGGCUGCACUGGAGAGAGAGGAGCUGGAGAGAAAGGAGCGCGAGCGAAUGGAGCAAGAGAGGAGGCGACAACAGGAGUUAGAACGACAGCUGGAGAAACAGAGAGAGCUGGAGAGGCAGAGAGAAGAGGAGAGACGCAAAGAGAUAGAGAGGAGAGAGGCAGCAAAGCGGGAGCUGGAGCGGCAGAGGCAGUUGGAGUGGGAGCGGCAGCGUCGUCAGGAGCUUCUGACUCAAAGAAACAGAGAGCAAGAGAGUAUCGUGCUGCUCAAAGCCAGGAAGAAGACCCUGGAGUUUGAACUGGAGGCUCUGAAUGACAAGAAAAGCCAGCUGGAGGGGAAACUGAAAGACGUCCGAUAUCGUUUGUCAGCUCAGCGGAAAGAAGUGGAGCAGACCAAUCAGACCAGAGAAACACGCAUUGCUGAAAUCACACUUUUACAACAGCAGCUACAGGACUCCCAGCAGUGGUUGGGGAGGCUAAUUCCUGAUAAACAGAGUCUCAAUGAUCAGCUGAAACAGGUUCAACAGAACAGCCUGCAACGUGACAGUCUGUCAUCCCUGCAGAAGGCCGUGGAGCAGAAGGAGACGAGCAGACAGCAGCUCCGAGAACAGCUGGAUGCCGUAGAGAGAGAAACCAGGGCCAAGCUGCUGGAGAUAGACGCUUUCAACACCCAGCUGAAGGAGCUGAGGGAAAUCCACAGCCGGCAGCAGAGGCAGAAACAGAAGGAGCUGGAGGGAGACACACACACACUGACACACACACACUCUCACAUACACACCCCGAUCGAGAGAAAGUCUGCCGAACUUCAGGAAAGCAGGUUGUCAUCAGAGGAAAGCGUCGCCUGGAGGGAUGAAGCAGGAGGCGCUGUCCCAAAAGCUCCGAGCCCCCCGCCCCUCUCCGCUCCUCACGCCUGGCUGAACAGAGUGACUCAAGAAGAGGACGAGAGGAAGAGGAGAGCGAUGGAGGAGGAUGAAGAGAGCCUCAAAGAAGCAGCGUCAGUAGAGGAGAAGGAGGACGAGGUGAAAGGGAAGAAGGACAUGCAGGAGAAACUGACCAAGCUGUUCAGCCAGCCGAGCGACCCGUGGACUUCAUCAGAAAAGGGUCCGGUGCCCAACCUGUUUGACCAGAAGACUCCAGUCAGCAGCUUCGACCAGCAGCAGGGCUCGGUGAAGGUGGUCUACUACCGGGCUCUUUACCCGUUCGACGCUCGCAGCCACGAUGAGAUCAGCAUCACACCCGGUGAUGUCAUCAUGGUGGAUGAGUCUCAGACAGGGGAGCCUGGUUGGCUGGGAGGAGAGCUCAGGGGGCGGACCGGUUGGUUUCCGGCCAAUUACGCAGAACGGAUACCCGACAGCGAAGCUCCGAUCACCCUGCGAUCCACGGCCUCGGUGACCCCGACCUCAGCCCAGCAACCAAUGAGCACGCCUCCUCCAGCGCCCGGUCACACCUCCUCCUCCGCAUCCUCCGCCAACAGUAACUGGGCCGACUUCAGCACCACUUGGCCCUCAAAUACAGCCAGCCAGUCCGAGAGCGAGGGAUGGGACGCAUGGCCGACCUCUUCAACCAGUCAGAACCCAUCGCUCAGCGUUCCCUCGGCGCAGCUACGGCAACGCUCCGCCUUCACGCCCGCUACCAUGACGACAGGCUCCUCUCCUUCUCCUGUGCUGGGACAGGGGGAGAAGGUGGAGGGUCUUCAAGCUCAGGCUUUGUAUCCAUGGAGAGCCAAGAAGGACAACCACCUCAACUUUAACAAAAACGAGAUAAUAACAGUGUUGGAGCAGCAGGACAUGUGGUGGUUAGGAGAACUGCAGACCGGACAGAGAGGCUGGUUCCCCAAAAGUUACGUUAAGCUAAUCUCUGCCUCCAUUGUGGCGCCACCUGGUGGAGCUGCACCACGGAGCAAAAACCCAAGUGAGUCUGGAGUGUCGGAAAGCCCCCCCAAUGGGAAACGCCCCUCGCCUUCCCCAACCAAACCCUCGGACUCUGGAGAAGAGUAUAUCGCCAUGUACACCUACGAGAGCAGCGAACAAGGCGACCUGAGUUUCCAGCAGGGAGAUAUCGUCACGGUCACCAGGAAAGAAGGGGAUUGGUGGACGGGCAUGGUCGGAGGCAAGACCGGAGUCUUCCCGUCCAAUUACGUCAAACCACGAGACUCGUCCACGGAGUCUUUGGGACCAGGAGGGAAGACGGGCAGCCUGGGGAAGAAACCAGAGAUCGCUCAGGUGAUCGCCCCCUACAGUGCAACGGGAGCAGAGCAGCUGACGUUAGCUCCGGGUCAGCUCAUCCUCAUCAGGAAAAAGAACCCGGGGGGCUGGUGGGAGGGGGAGCUGCAGGCCCGGGGGAAAAAGCGUCAGAUAGGUUGGUUCCCGGCCAACUACGUGAAGCUGCUCAGUCCCAGCACCAGCAAGACCACACCCACGGAGCCCACCCCUCCGAAACUGGCUCCUGCCAACACAGCUCUGUGUCAGGUGAUCGGCAUGUACGACUACGUGGCGCAGAACGACGACGAGCUGGCCUUCCUCAAGGGUCAGGUGAUCACAGUGCUCAACAAGGACGACUGUGAUUGGUGGAAAGGAGAGCUCAACGGGAGAGAGGGUCUGUUUCCUAGCAACUACGUGAAACUCACAACGGAUACCGACCCGAGCACACAGUGGUGCGCUGACCUCCACCUGCUGGACAUGCUGAGUCCGAUGGAGAGGAAGAGGCAGGGUUACAUCCACGAGCUCAUCGUCACCGAGGAGAACUACGUCAACGAUCUGCAGCUCGUCACAGAGAUCUUCCACAAACCUCUGCUGGAGUGCGAGCUGCUGACGGAGAAGGAAGUGGCGAUGAUCUUCGUCAACUGGAAGGAGCUCAUCAUGUGUAACAUCAAGCUGCUCAAAGCUCUGAGAGUGAGGAAGAAGAUGUCAGGUGACCGGAUGCCGGUGAAGAUGAUCGGUGACAUCCUGACCAACCAGCUGCCUCACAUGCAGCCGUAUAUCAGAUUCUGCUCGUGUCAGCUGAACGGAGCGACGCUGAUUCAACAGAAAACUGACGACAACCCCGAGAUCAAAGACUUCCUCAAGAGGUUAGCUAUGGAUCCCAGGUGUAAGGGAAUGCCUCUGUCCAGCUUCCUGCUCAAACCCAUGCAAAGAGUCACACGCUACCCGCUCAUUAUCAAGAACAUCUUAGAAAACACUCCAGAGUCACAUCCAGACCACAGCCAUCUGAAAGCUGCUCUGGAGAAGGCGGAGGAGCUGUGCUCGCAGGUGAACGAGGGCGUGAGGGAGAAGGAAAACUCAGAUCGUCUUGAAUGGAUUCAGGCUCAUGUUCAGUGUGAAGGCCUGUCGGAGCAACUGGUGUUUAACUCCGUCACAAACUGUCUCGGUCCCAGGAAGUUCCUCCACAGCGGGAAACUGUUCAAAGCGAAGAGCAGCAAAGAGCUCUACGGCUUCCUGUUCAACGACUUCCUGCUGCUGACACAGGUCACUAAACCUCUCGGCUCAUCUGGAUCUGAUAAAGUUUUCUCCUCUAAAACUCAUCUGCAGUAUCGCAUGUACAAGACGCCAAUCUUUUUAAACGAAGUGUUAGUGAAGCUGCCGACGGACCCGUCAGGAGACGAGCCGCUGUUCCACAUCUCUCACAUAGACCGAGUUUACACGCUGAGAGCUGAGAGCAUCAACGAGAGGACGGCUUGGGUUCAGAAGAUUAAAGCAGCGUCAGAGCUCUUCAUCGAGACGGAGAAGAAGAAGAGAGAGAAAGCUUAUCUCGUUCGUUCUCAGCGGGCGACGGGUAUCGGUAGACUGAUGGUCAACAUCGUGGAGGGGAUUGAACUCAAACCCUGUCGCUCCCACGGAAAAAGUAACCCAUACUGUGAGGUGACCAUGGGGUCCCAGUGCCAUAUCACGAAAACACUACAGGACACGCUGAAUCCCAAGUGGAACUCCAACUGUCAGUUUUUUAUAAAGGACCUGGAGCAGGACGUCCUCUGUGUCACUGUGUUCGAACGAGACCAGUUCUCACCCGACGACUUCCUGGGCAGGACGGAGAUCCGGUUGGCUGAAAUAAAGAAGGACCAGGGCUCUAAAGGACCGAUCACGAAGCGGCUGCUGCUCCACGAGGUUCCUACGGGAGAGAUCGUCGUCAGGCUCGACCUCCAGCUGUUUGAGGAGCCGUGAAGCCCGGAC